AAAGUUUUACUGUAUUAAAUUGAAUGGAUAUCGUUCUAUUUCACGGAUUUUGUUUUUCCCACUGCAGCGAUUAAUCGAACUGGAAAACAAAUUUGAUCUUUGAACCACUUUACUAAUUAUAACUUUGUGCUUAUGUAACAAAAGUUGUAUUGCAUUUAUUGGAAACGUACACAUAUUUUGUAGGUUUCCUCAAAUAAAAUAAAUUUGGAUGUCGAAGUCGAAUUGCUUGUUUGUUUAAUGAUUUAUAGUAGUAGUAAAGGGACCGAAUUUCCAAGACCAAAAAUGUUUUCCGCCUUCUUUAACAAGGCCUCUUGCCAGGCUUUACCUGAAAACCAAACUUUACCACAACCAGUUGAUGACUCACCAAGAGGAUUAGUAAAAUCAUUGGUAGCUGGAAGACAAAUUGCAGCAGCCGCUGCUGCUGAAGGUGACAGUUGUGAAUUUGGAUCAGCACACUACUUUGCUCUUUGUGGUCUAGGAGGUAUCCUCUCAUGUGGUAUUACUCAUACAGCUGUAGUACCACUUGAUUUAGUAAAAUGCCGUAUCCAAGUAGAUCCUGCUAAAUACAAAAGUGUAUUUAAUGGUUUUAAAGUAACACUUAAAGAAGAUGGUACAAGAGGUUUAGCUAAAGGUUGGGCCCCAACCUUCUUUGGUUAUUCAGCUCAAGGUCUUUGCAAAUUCGGUCUUUAUGAAGUUUUCAAAGUAAUCUAUGGUGAUAUGAUUGGUGAGGAAAAUGCUUACCUCUACAGAACUUGGUUGUACUUGUCUGCUUCAGCCACUGCUGAAUUCUUUGCUGAUAUUGCCUUAUCACCCAUGGAAGCUGCUAAAGUCAAAAUCCAAACCACACCUGGAUUUGCUAACACUCUCCGUGAAGCAUGGCCUAAAAUUUACAAAGAAGAAGGUCUUAAUGGAUUCUACAAAUCACUUGUUCCUUUGUGGAUGAGACAAAUCCCAUACACCAUGAUGAAAUUCGCAUGCUUUGAGCGUACAGUCGAACUUCUCUACAAAUAUGUAGUACCUAAACCACGUGCUGAUUGCACUAAAGGUGAACAAUUGGUUGUUACAUUUGCUGCUGGUUACAUUGCUGGUGUAUUCUGUGCUAUUGUAUCACAUCCUGCUGAUACUGUUGUCAGUAAAUUGAACCAAGAAAAGGGAUCAACUGCUCUUGAUGCAGCUAAGAAAUUGGGAAUGGCUGGAUUAUGGAAGGGAUUAACACCUAGGAUUGUAAUGAUUGGUACAUUAACUGCUUUGCAGUGGUUCAUCUAUGACGCCUUCAAGGUUGCCAUGAGAAUGCCACGACCACCACCACCAGAAAUGCCAGAAUCAUUAAAAAAGAAAUUGGAAGGCAAAAACUAGAGAAUUAAUUUAUUAACGUAAUUUAUGACUUUAUUUCCAGAAAAAAGAAAUCACAGUAUUUCCAUUAGUUCGUUAUAGUUAUUGAUUGUCAUCAACUUUGCGAAUUUUGAUAUUUUUAAGUUAAUACCAGUUAUGUCCGAUAUUUUAGAUUGUAAAUAGAUAAUCAUCAAUACACAACUGGAACUCCGUUAAUA